UGUUCCCUGUCAUGCAGAUAGGGACCGGCAGCAUCCACUCUGAUAAGCCGAGCAACAGCAUCGUGAAAGGGAGCAAUCCGAAGUGCCGCUCCACCACGCCCGCAGUCGUCCAACAAAUACCGAAGAUCGAAUCGCUAGAAGUGAACCGACCAACUUAAUCAAUCGAAGCCCAAAUCGAGGUCUCCUCCCGACGAGCCCUCCACAGCACCGCAUGAGCGGCUUCGAGCUGCCCGGCAUGACGCGCCCGCGACGGUCCUCUGCCACCAGCGAGGAUAGCACAGGCACGGUGCGCGAGCAGGAGCUUGGGAGCAUGUACGACUACCUGGCCAAGGUCAUCCUGCUGGGGCCAAGCGGGACUGGCAAAUCCUGUCUGCUACACCGCUUCGUCAAGAAUGAGUGGCGCGUGCUCUCCUCGCAGACCAUCGGCGUCGAGUUCGCGAGCAAAAUUAUCAAGGUCGGCACGGGCGCGCGCAGGAAGCGCAUAAAGCUGCAGCUCUGGGACACAGCAGGGACGGAACGGUUCCGUUCCGUCUCGCGGUCCUACUACCGCGGCGCGGCCGGCGCGAUCCUCAUCUACGACAUCACCUCGCACGCCUCCUUCACCAGUCUCCAACCAUUCCUCAACGAUGCGCGCGCCCUCGCCUCGCCGAACCUGUCCCUCCUGCUGGUCGGCAACAAGCUCGACCUCGCGGGCGACCCACUCGUCGACACGAACCUGCCGCCACCUACGCCGAGCGAGAGCAUCAGCUCCGUAGCAACGUCGUCAUAUCCCAGCACGCCCGUCCCGUCGUCCUCCUACUCUUCCGUCUCGACGAUACACCCCGGGCUGGGAGCGCAGCUCAAGGCGACGGUGGCGCCCGACGGCAGGGAGGUGUCGGCCGUGGAGGCGAGCCGGUGGGCCAGCUCGGUGCAGAUACCCGUCACGAUGGAGGUCAGCGCGUACAGCGGGGAGGGAGUGGAUGAGGUGUUUGGGCGGCUGGCGAGGAUGAUCCUGACCAAAAUCGAGCUGGGCGAGAUUGACCCGGAUGAUCCCAUGAGCGGAAUCCAGUAUGGGGAUGCCGGGGCGAUGUGGAAUGCUGGGGCCAGCGACGGGGCCAGCAUCAAGAGCACCGUCACGGCCGAUGAGCUUGGGGUUGGCGGGCGGAGGAGGAGGAGGACGCGGAGGGUUGGACAAGGGCUGAGGGAGUGGGAGGAGGUGUUUACGCUGACGAAUCGGAGGAGGAAUAAGGGCUGUUGUUGAGGGGAGCUUAAAGGUCUUUGAGGGCGGACUAUGUUCGCAGGAAGGUGCAUUCAUGAUACCAUAUUAUACCUAAUCUUGUCGGCUGGGCCCGGCGUAUGGAGAUGAGGAUCGAGGGGCCGUUGUUCGGUUUCCGUAGCUGCUGGGUUUUGUUACUCAUUGGACGGAGAGUGAGGAUAGACGCUGCUUUACACAGCUACAUAAUGAGCCAUU